AUGGUUCUUUUUCCUUUAGUGUUUUGUUUUGUAUGUGUGGAAGGUAUGAGAGAACUGGGAAGUUGUACAUUUGAAGGAAAAACAUACAGUAAUAACGAGGUUAUAGAUACCGACCCCUGUCGACCAUUACAAUGUAUCGAAGGUGAGGUGCCAUUACUCAUUAUAGAGUGUGUUAAUGCGCCGUGUGCAGACUAUGAAGUACAAUCUGGUGACUGUUGCGCAACUUGUCCUAAUGGACCAAAUUGUCGUCUGCCUGAUGGAACAUUAAUGCCAGGAGAUGAAACAAGAACUUUAGUUGAUGGACGUGAUUGUUUCUGUUUGCGUUCUUAUAGCUUUGGAAUCAGACCUAGAAAUCCCGAUGCCAUGUGUAUCAACGUACCAAUACAGACACCAAAAGAAUAA